AUGUCGGACGCGCCAGCAUCGGAGGCGCCGCUAUCCGCGCUGUCCACAUCGUCGCUCGGAUCGGCGCCCAAGCGCAUACGGCAUCGCGAGAUCCAAAUAGAAUCCGCGUACGAGCUGCAACGGAACGCAGCGAUGAAGGGUGCGCUGUUCUACACCGUCCUCGGAGCAUCAUCCUGCUUCAUGGCGCACCACCUCUUCCCAGGCUUUCGACGUCAAACCCUCGCCCUGAAAGGGUUCAUCACCUCCGGCUUCACCAUUUUCGGCUUCGUCGUCGGCGCAGACACCGUUUUGCUUUCCCACGAAUCCCAGCAGAGGUCCGAGGAGAACAUGGUUCGUAGCCGCGCACGCGCGGAACUGGGCAAAAAGGGCAUCGUCGCCAGCGAAAAGGAGAUCGAAAAGUGGAAGGACGAGUACAUUCAGCAGAAGCUCGAGGAGAGGCGAUUGCGGAGGGAGCAGGCGCUACGACAGAUGGACGAGGGUCAAGCCGGUGACGGCUCAAGAUGA